AUGGCCGAAUCUAAAUCGAGACCCCAAGGAUAUGAAGAGCUCUUCGAAACAGAGCCCAUUGUUCUUCCGAGGGAUACAUACCUCAACUGGUUUUCUUAUUUCUUCAAACAGCAUAUCCAACUUUUCUAUUUCAUGUUCUUUCAUAGCGUUGUGGUCAUCGUAUUCGGCUAUAUAACAUUCCAUUUUGAGGAUGAUUUGGUGGUUUUUUUAGCUUGUUUUUUCAUGGUGCUAGGAUUUGGUCUUUUAUUCUUCUACAUACCUUUAUGCUUGGAUAUGGGUGGGCCAAAAUACGUAUUGGAUGGUCUUGAUUUUAACUGUAAGAUGAAUUUAUUAGUGCAAGUAAUAGAACAUAAGCCCAGUAUCAGCAUAGACACAUGGAACCGAAUCGCAUAUAACAUGAACCAGUAUGCAUACGAACAUCAUCUAUUUCCAGAAAACUCACUUUUUUACGACGGUAGUUCAUGCUAUAAGGUCUUCAGAGAAUUGGCCAUCGUUCCAUGCGCUGAUAGAAGCUCUAACGGGGAUAAUGCCAAUAUCAAUCAGAAAAUGAAAAGUGAUACAGAUACUUCAAAAACUAAUAAGGGCUAUUCUAAUAAAAACUUCGAAUUGCAAUCCUACAUUGCAAAAGCGUUGGCUGUUUACAAAGAAUCGGUCAACAAUUACUGGGCAGAGAAAUACCCAGAGGUCACGAUUUAG